AGGAAGCGGGGGCCAAAUCCCGCGGGAACUGCCCUCUGGCAGCGUUCCUCCCCCCGCCGCGCCCUUGGUUGCCACGGAGACCCGGGUCCUGGGCCGGCUGACUGCGGCAGACGGGGGAGGCCUACCUUUCCGCGGCCGGAGCCGGCGGGCCCACCAGCCUCGUGCUCCACCCGGCUCAGCUGCCGCCUUCGUGGAGACGACCGCGCGGGCGGGCGAAGCCCUGAGGCGCAUCCUCCCUCAGGAACCCGAGCGAAGCGAGAGCCGGGGGUCGCGACCCCCCUGCCCCGACCCCGGCGGGUGGGAGAAGCUCAUUUGAACCAAACUGCCUGCGCGGACCACCGCGGCAGCCCAGCAGUCCCGGGGCCGCCGAGGGCGUGUGUGAGAUACCAGCCACCCGUGCCCGAAGUGCUGCCGCGGCUGCCGCGUCUCUGUUCCCAAAGCCCCGGGGAACAUCCGCCCUCUGGGAGCCGAUGCUUGAACAGGGAAAACCAUUUCCCGGAACAUCUGAACUGUAAUUCAAGCUUGAGUUACCUAGGACAGGCAGGGGGGCAAACAUGUUUAACUCCGCAAAUGAACUGGAGUUUUUGGAAGAAACAACUGCGGAGCUCUCCCAACUCUCUUCGCUGGCACUGGCAGGGGACCCAGCAUGCAGCGACCACAGCUCAAGUGGUUCACCCGAAAAAACUGGCUAUCCGGACUCCGUUUACAUUCUGGCAGCGAACAUUUUUCAGGGCACUAGACUCGAAAAGUCACCAGAGAAAGCCUUAAUAAAGUAUGGGAAUGAGCCCUUGCCGUCCUCAACGGAAUCCAAGGAUGAAUCCUUUCAGCGUUUGUCCUAUGAGUUGGCUUUCAGUGCACUUAAGUAUCAAGAUAUUUUGGAAACUAUAUUAAUAGACAGCUAUAUCUUCCCAAGUACCACAAUACCACAUCAUUUGAACAGUCUUAUCAUUGUGAUGCUAUAUGAUUUCCAAGACAGAAAAUUUCAAGCUCGUCUCCUUUCUGAUAAUGAAGCAUCUAUAGCAGAAGUUCUAGAAGUGGAGAACCUUCUUAACAGUUUUAAGACAAAAUUGGCUGCAGCAUUGGCAAGAUGUCGAAUCAAACAUGAUGCCCUUUCAAUUUACCACAUUCUUCCAGAAACAGUUAGGAACCAAGAAUUAAGGGCCUCCACUUUGCCGCUUUAUGCUUGGAUAAAUACUUGUAAAAUCAGCCCUGAAGAAGUUUAUUACACUUUGAAGAAAAAUGGCUAUAAUAAAGUCAAAUCUGUAUUGCAUAUUGAUAGUAAAGUCUUUGCUGUGGAUCAGCAUUGCUCUGAUGUCUUAAUUUUUCCAUCUCAUCUUAAAAGUGAUCUUCUAAAUAUAGAUCUUUUUAAAGAUUAUAAACUUAUAUUUCAGGACAAAUCUCGAAGUCUCGCUGUCCAUUCUGUAAAGGCUUUAUUAAAUAUGGAUGAUGAUAUCUUAAUGGUCAAUACAGGUUCUUGGUACACAGUUGCCCAUAUGUCAAUCUUAACAAAUAACAAUACUUCAAAAAUAUUUGUGUGUGGAGUACGAUCACAAGCUAAGGAUCCUGACCUAAAGAACCUUUUCACAAAAAUGGGAUGUAAAAAUAUUGAGAUACUUCAUGAGACAUUUAUGAGUCUUGAGUUAAAGGAUCAUCGAUUACAGAAAGUCAAAGUGAUUCUGCUGCUACCUCGUUGCUCAGGAGUGGGUGUUAGUAACCCAGUAGAAUUUAUUUUAAAUGAGCAUGAAGAUACAGAUUUACUUAAAGAUUUCUCUCAAGGAGGCCCAUCAGAAGAUAAACUUCAUGUUCUUGCUCAACAGCAAUAUGAACAGCUAACACAUGCCAUGAAAUUUACUAGAGCUCAAGCUAUUGUUUACUGCACAUGUUCAGUUUAUCCAGAGGAAAAUGAAGCUAUUGUUAAGAAAGCACUGGAAUUUCAAGACCACGGGACUAAAGUACAACCUUAUAGGCUUAGUCCCCCUGUCCUUCCAUUGUGCUCCUUAAAGGAAAUACAUUUGUCUACUGACAAAUUUUUUAGAAUGGAACCAUCUGAAAUUACCAAUGGUUGUUUUCUUUCUGUUCUAACAAGGGAGCGGGACCCAUCUGAGACAGUGUCUGUGAAAGAUGUUUUGGCCCGCGCAGCAGCAAAGGGUCUCCUGGAGGGGAUUGAGUUGGGUAAAUCUUCAAAACGGGAGAAGAAGAAGAAGAAGCAAAGGAUGUCACUGCCAAAAUCUUCCAUCGCUGAUAACAGUGGCAUCCAAAUGAAAAUUGCCGAGUUCCUGAGUCGAGAAACUAAUGUGAGUGCUAAUCAGUCGGAGACAUUAACAACAAAAACAUCUCUUCCACAGAAAAAUACAAAUCAAGUGGGGUCUUCCUCACAGGUCAGAAAACCCAGCAAGCCCACCGCCAAUCCUUUAGUGCCUACAAUUAUGAAGAACACAUCUGCCAGACCACAUGAACGGCCAACAGACUUUGUGAGGCCUCGGCCAGAAGACAGAAUGAUUCCCCUGAAACCCAUAGAGAUUGCCCUGCCUCCAGUCAUCCUGCCGUUUCCCAGUCCGCAAGGGAUCAGAUCUCACAUGCCAACUCCGCAUUUUUAUUAUCGUUGGGUUGGGCCCAAGACUGUCUUACCUGGCUAUCUUUCCACACCAUCAAUACCCAGAAGAGGGGAAAAACCUAAAGAAAACUUACCUUCCUCUCUACCCAGGCAUCCUCGACCAUAGCUGUGAGUGUCUUGCAUUUUUUCUACAGGGUCAGGAAUAGAUUUUUUUUUCUCCCCCCCGAGUCUGCAGGUUAGACAGCUGUUAGAACUGGUUUCACUCUUGGUAACUUUCAGUCUGGACUUAGGACACUGGUUUUAAAGCUGCAACAAUUUUUCCACAAGGGAAACAGUGUGUGCCUUGUAACAGACUUCUUUUCAAAAUUAAUUUGUGAGGUGGUUUAUUAGCAAGUGUAAGUAUGGAAAAGAUGCUCUUGCACAGACCUUAGAUCACUCUUCAGUAUCGAGUCAGCUGUAGUUUAAAUGUUUCAAUCACUGUCGAGGUUGAUCUUUUGUAAUGUGAUUGAGGUUGAGUAGAAAUAGGAAAAACAGAAAGGCCCAAUGUUUUAGUUCAUAUGUCCAUUCAGGGUGAAAACUUUCUCACUGGAAGAGCUUCCAGGAUCCUAAGCAUAGUGAACAUAAAGCUCUCCCUUCUGAGUAUUUAUGCCAAAUACUGUUGUAAAAAAAAAAAAAAAAAAGACUAUAAGCAAAUUUCCAUCUAAGUAGUAAUUCUGAGGACAAGGUCAAACUGUUGAAUAUAAGUGACACACCUGUUAAAGAAAUGUAUACAAAUUUCUGGGUCUAUUCAAAGAUCAGGUGGAAAUGGUCAUUUCAAAUGGCACACAGUAGUGAAGCCCUGGUAAAUCAUUUCUGAUGCUCAAUUAAAAUAUAUUGUAGCACUAUUUUAAUUAUAUUAAAAGUCAGUUCAUCUUGACUAUUAU